AUGGAUUUAAUGAAAACGGAAUAUGAGUUCCUAGACUUGUCAGAUGUGAAAGAAGCGGAACUAAGCAGUCUACAGUGCGCUCUCUUCGAGAAAAAGCCCAGAGUAGCGGCCACCACAACCAACGGUUGGAACGAUCCUACUGUAGACGUUUCAUCUUGUUCAUCGAGUACGGCGGGAGCACCGACGGUGUCGAGCAGCCUGGACAGCCUGUCGGGCGGCGAGUGCGAGAUGGCGCCACACUCGCCACAGCGGGGCGCCGGUGUGCCGCCACACGCGCCGCCGCCCUACGUCCAGCCGCCCACCUACCCGCCACAAUGGCCCGUCGCACCGCCAAACGUAUACGUCAGCCAGGUCACAGCCAAUGUGAAUGUUCACGGAUACAUGGGCCAGUACUACCAACCUCCACAACCACAGUACAUCCCGCCCCCACAAGUUGAACGCCCGGCGAGGAAUCAAAGGAGGGAGCGACGAAAUAAACGAGCCCCAUCACCACCGCCGCAACCGCCUCCCUACUAUGUACCAUACUCGCAAUACUAUCCUGCGGCUCAAGCUCAAGGCGCGCCCCUGUACCAUCUGCCUAUGUACCAGCCCUUGAUGUAUGGACCAUAUACAUAUCCACCUUACUACCCUGAGUAUCCUAUCCCAGUUGAAGGCGACGCUGGCGAUAAGGGACCUGAUGAAUAUCAACAAGAAGUUGUCAUGGAACAAGAAGCGGUAGAUGCGUACUAUGCAAGCGCGCAUUACGCCGCUCCGCCCUACGGACCGCCAGUCGAUGGAGGUGUAGAGUACAUGCCGCCUCUGUACUUGCCACCACCACACCAUCCCGCCCAAAUGCACAUACCACAACAACAGUUACAUCAACCCGUCCCCCAUCAAUUCAAUGUACAUGCUAAAAAUUUCGUACAAGGGCAAAAUCAAAUUAAAAACUACACACCUGACAAGUCUCAGGAACAGAAACCACCUGUUGUUGCACCUUCAUCCACACCGCCAACAACAGCGUCGUCAACGACGGCCAGUCCCGUUGAAUCGCUGCCAAUCAAAGAUCUUAAGAUUAACAAAGGACCCGGAAGUCCAAACCAGGAAAAAUCGCCAGAAAUUCCAAAAGAUGUCACAUCUAACUCUAAAACUUCGCCAACACUUAAAACUGAUCUGUCCAAGCCAGCUUGGACAUCUGACAAUAAGCCUCAAGAACCGAGUGUAGCUCAAAAUACACCGAAGACAUUUACGCCAACGCCCACUACUAAUGUUCCAUCAGCAAGUGCAAAAGUUCCCCCAGUUCCUACUAAAGCACCAAAGGGACCAACAGCGCCAUUCUCAGCUAACAAACAACUUCCAAAGCCACCUGUACCUUCAGCUGUCCCAGUACAGCAAUCGGUAACCACACCAAAAGCGCCGUUUGGUAACAGACAAAAGCGUGAAGGCAAUACAAAUCGUUCACCAUCCACUGAAAUGCCAGAAAUGGAUAAACCAGCGCCAAUAGAACAUAAACGCGAGCCUCCGCUACCACCGAGCAAGGCGCCGAUGCCUAUAUCUAUUACACUUCACGCUCAAGGGCCACCCGUGAUUGUGACGAACAAAUCACCUUUUGCACACUCAAGGAAGGUAGUUCCGGUACCCGAACUACCUCCGGUUCCUCAACCUCCACCCCCAGCGCCAACAGCAUCAGAUUUCCCUCCACCUCCCACACCCCGGAACAGAGGAGAACCGGUUCCCGCACCAGUGGUUCAACCACAACCUCAACCAGCACCCGGAAAAUCUUGGGCCAGUCUCUUCUCAAACAAACCCAGCAAUAUAUCCACAACAAUCGCACAAACAACUGUUGCUACCGAAGAACCAUCAAGCCCAACGGCUUUGACGCCACCCGCUGCUACGAACAUUCAGAAACCAGUAGCAAAAGUCCCUCCAUAUGAUGCGUCACCAUUACAAACGAAUUCAGUAGACAAACAAAUAGCACCAAGGCCUGUACAAACGCCUGCUCCUACUGUGUCGUAUUCGGAAAAGACUUCAGUUAAUGCUGUGAGCAAUGUAACCACUACUAUGCCUCCGGCUAAAACAGCGACGUCCCCUACUACUGAGGUUCGUGAAGUCCCAAUACAAAAGGAAUCUACACCAGCAUUACCUAUUCCACCUUCACCAUUUAGUGAUGAUCCCAAUUCAUACAGAAUGGGAGAAUUUUUGUCUAAAUACACACUAGACAAUAGGCCAGUUUCGUUAACACCCCGCGGUCUUACAAAUCAUUCAAACUACUGCUAUGUUAACGCUAUACUUCAGGCUUUGAUUGCUUGCCCGCCGUUCUACAACAUGUUAAAGGCGCUGCCUUAUCAAACGAGGCGUGGAAAGUCUAGUACUCCAGUUAUCGAUUCUAUGGUCGAGCUGUGUUAUGCUUUCGGUCCACUACCGAGCGCAAAUCGCAGAGGCCGUGGUGAAUCUGGUCCAUCGGGAGCUCCGGCUGUACCCGCCAUGUCACCGCUAGAUGGCUCGGCGGGUCUCCGAGUUUUGAGAGCAUUACGACCCUUCCCCGGCUCACAAGAAGGUCGCCAGGAAGACGCCGAAGAAUUCCUUGGAUGCUUACUGAACUCGCUCAAUGAUGAAAUGCUCGAGUUAAUAAAAUUAGUUGAACCUGAAGAGCCAAAAGAUUCAAAUGGAAAACCAAAUGGCAUUGUAACUCAAGAACAGCCCCCAGAUGAAGACAAUGACGAUGAUGAAUGGAAGGUGAUGGGUCCUCGUAAUCGCGGUGCUGUCGAGCGUCGCUGGGCCGCUCGCCGUACGCCGGUAGCUGACAUCUUCAGAGGACGCACUCGCCUUCGUCUCCAUAGAGCCCCUCAUCAUGACGUCACAGAUGCCGUACAGCCGUUCUUCACACUCCAACUUGAUAUUGAGCGUUCAACCACAGUUAAAGAUGCGUUAGAACUUCUCGCCGGUAAGGAUACCUUGGAAGGUGUAUCGGAUGCCUGGCAGCAAUUGUCUCUUGAACAACUUCCCGUAGUACUAUUGCUGCAUUUGAAAUGUUUCCAACUAGACUCUGAAGGCCACACUGCCAAAAUUGUGAAGAACAUUGAUUUCCCAAUCGACCUCAAAAUUGAUCCCAAAAUAAUUUCAUCAAAACACACGACUAAACAACGUCUGUACAAAUUGUUUGCUGUUGUAUACCAUGAAGGAGUAGAGGCUGUGAAAGGACACUAUCUGACUGACACUUUCCAUGGGCAAGUUGGAUGGAUUAGGUACGAUGAUUCCACUGUAACUCAAGUGACGGAUGCUCAAGUAUUGAAGCCGAAGCCACCGCGAAUGCCGUACCUGCUAAUGUAUCGUAGACACGAUACACUUGUACCAAAUCGUCAAUCUGGCAAGGCAGAAUAA